CCUUCAUCUUUCAUUUUGUGCCUGACACCUCAACCUGGUGUUCUUUCUCAGCUCUGGAACUGCACUGGUUACCCAUAUACUACCCACAUCUCCUGUAUUCUUUGACUCUUCUGUCUCCUCCGCUUGCUUUUCAAGUCCACCUCACAAGCGACGCCACAUCAUGAAGCUCACAUUCAGGGAUUUAAAGCAGCAGAAGUUUACUAUAGAAGCUGAGCCAUCAGAAACGAUCGGCCAGCUGAAAGAGAAGAUUUCCCAGGAAAAGGGCUGGGAUGCUGCGCAACAGAAGCUUAUCUACUCUGGCAAGAUCCUUCAAGAUGUGAACACCAUUGAAUCAUAUAAUAUCGAAGAGAAAGGCUUUAUAGUCUGCAUGGUUUCCAAGCCCAAAGCGCAGCCUGCCCCGUCCACUCCCGCCGGCCCUUCUCAGACACCAGCCACACCCGCCGCCCCAUCGUCUACGCCAGCUACGCCUUCUGCCCCCGCCCCCGCUACAAAUGCUCCUUCAGCUCCCCCAGCGACGCCAUCACCAGCAACUGCUGGAGCCACUUUCAAUGACCCAUCGGCCCUCUUGAUGGGUCCUCAGAGCGAAACAGCUGUUCAGCAAAUGGAAGCCAUGGGAUUCGCUAGGGAUGACAUCCAAAGAGCCAUGAGAGCUGCAUUUUUUAACCCCGACCGUGCUAUUGAGUAUCUAUUGAGUGGCAUCCCGGAUCAUGCUGAACAAGAGGCUGCCCGCCAGCAAGCGCGCGCGACUGCCCCGUCCAAUGCCGCAGCGCCCGCGUCUACCCAACCUGCUGCGAAUACUGAAUCCGAGGAACCGGUUAAUCUUUUUGAGGCUGCGGCUCAGGCUGCCCAAGGAGGUGGUGGCGCACGUGGAACCCGUGGCGGAGCAACAACAGGAGAAGGCUUGAACAAUCUCGAAUUCUUGCGAAACAACCCCCACUUCCAACAACUGAGACAGUUGGUACAGCAGCAACCUCAAAUGCUUGAACCGAUUCUCCAACAAGUCGGUGCAGGCAAUCCACAGCUUGCUCAACUUAUCGGUCAAAACCAGGAACAAUUUUUGCAGUUACUGAGCGAAGAUAUUGAUGACGAUGCACAGCUUCCACCAGGUGCUCAUGCAAUUAGUGUUACCGAGGAGGAGAGAGACGCUAUUGAACGGCUUUGCCGGUUGGGAUUUUCUCGGGAUGCUGUUAUCCAGGCCUACUUUGCAUGCGAUAAAAACGAAGAACUUGCGGCUAAUUUCCUCUUCGAGCAACCGGAAGACGAAGGCGAUAACUAAAACAGUCUUAUGUCUCAUUAUCUCUAGGAAACCUCCAUUAAUGACCCACUUUCACCUCCCCUCACCUCCAUGAGCAUAGCACCCUCUAUCCCUGCCUCUAUGCUCUGCGCCUUUAAAGCAAGCAGCAGUUUAUGAACUGAAAUUGUGAAGCCCCCCGGCCGCUGGACUUUGUGGCAUUUAAUCCGUUGCUAGCUUUAGUUGUUGAGUACCAGAUCAUCAUUCCAGUUAUUUAGUGGUCGUGAUUAUUGACUCAAGGACUGAUGUUUCUCAUGAGUUGAAUAUGAAGCAAUUUUGACAG